CCGGUUGUUUUAAGAGAUUGUUUUAAAGUAUAGAACAACCAAAUUUGUAUGUGGAGAAAAAAAGAAAGAUCUGAGAGAUGGAUGAAGAACUCAAGAACUUCAUCAAGGUUUGGGUUUCGGUAAUAAUCUCCGCAUCUUACUGUUACUACGUACCAACCAGAAUCAAAUCUGGUAUCUUUAGAUUUCUUUCUGUUCGUCCGGUUUGUGCUCUGUUUCUUGUUCUUCCUCUGUUUUUCUCCUCUGUUCACUUCUCUGGUUCCACAGCGUUUUUCCUCUCAUGGCUCGCCAAUGUCAAACUCAUACUAUUCUGCUUCGAUAAAGGCCCUCUUUUCCCACUUCCCUCAAAUCUCCCUCGAUUCAUCUGCUUCGCUUGCUUCCCCAUCAAGCUUCAACAAAACCCUAAGCAUCGAACCUUUUUGUUCAGAUGGGAAAACCCCAUUGAAGUUUUAUUUAGUAACCAAUUCGUCACUAAAGUUGUAAUCUUGGGUGUAGUGUUACAUUUGUAUAAUCUCAUACAGCAUCUAUAUCCCGUUGUGCUAUUGUUUCUGUAUCCUCUCCAUCUAUACUUGGUACUUGAGAUUCUCUUAAAGCUCGUCAACGCUUUCUUUUCUGUAGCUCUUGAUUGCGAACUCGAGCCACAGCUUAAUGAACCAUACUUAUCCUGUUCUCUUCGAGACUUCUGGGGUCACUUGUGGACACUCAUGCUCCCGACGAUCCUCCGGCCUGUCGUCUACGCUCGUCUGCAGCGAACCACCCAAGGGAAAAUGAACCCCGAUCAAUCUCUGUACUUGGGAGUUAUUGUCGCAUUCCUCAUCUCCGGUGUACUUCACGAGUUGCUCUUCUUCUAUAUUACCCGUGAGCCGCCUACAGGAAAAGUUACUCUCUUCUUCGUGUUACAUGGGGUUUGCAUUGUGGCGUACGACGCGAGGUUGAAGAAGAAGAUUAUACGGUGGACGGGGUUUGAAUUUGGACCGUGUUUGAUGUUACAAGUGGUGGUUAUGGGGUUUGUCGUUGUGACUGCUGGUUGGUUGUUUUUCCCACCUCUUGUCAGGACCGGCGAGACUCAGAGAUUCGCUAACGAAGCCUUGUUCUUCAUUGGUUUCGUCAAGCGCAAGUUUUUUACUUUUGGCUCGAUUAUGAAUCAUUCUUGCAAUAUCAUGAGUAAGGGAUUUAUGUAUUUAUGUAGCUCGAUUAUCAAAUCAUAG